AUGGAAUCUAGUAGUGACAGAAAUAACGAUACUGAUAACAGCAAUAACGAGGACUCGACUGAUUCAACACGAAUGACAAUAGACUUGCACUCUCUGAGCUAUGUUGAGCCGGUGAAUUCUAAUCUCAUAUGUUGCAUAUGUUGUGCACCAUUCGUUGAUCCUGUCGUGGUGGAGCCGUCACUUGUUCGCAAAGCGUCUUGUCCGGUAGAUCGUUCUCCUCUAACAUCGCCACCAAAUCCCGCCGCCAAACUGAUACAGACCAUGGUAAAUGAGCUCUACGUAUACUGUCCGAACGUUGAUGAUGGUUGUGAUCGAAAAGAACAACGACAAUUGUUAGAACACCAUCUGAAAGAAGAAUGCGAAUAUGUGAGAAUAGAAUGCGGAAACGAAGAGUGUAAAGAGAUGGUGCUCAAGAAAGAGUUUGACAGUCACAUGGAAAACUGUAGAGAAAGAGUCGUAAUGUGUGAAAACUGCAAUUCUGAUGUCAAAUUGAGUGGGGUGGAGUCCCACCGUGCAACCUGUCCAGCUAAAUCGAUGACAUGUCCUCAUUGCUCACGGUCUUAUACGCUUGCUGCUCAUUCAGAUCAUCUCGUUAACUGUCCAGAUAUGGAUACACCGUGCUUACAUUCUGAAUUUGGUUGUCUGUGGAUGGGUCCUCGUCGUGAACUCUCUUCUAUACAUCUCCCCAAAUGUCCGUUCGAACCACUCAAAGACAUAUUCUCGACAUAUAAACGGCGUAUGGACACAUUAGAGCAAGAAAACAUGCAAUUAAGAACGGAACUGAGCAUUGCGAUCGAAAGAAUACGAAACGAAACCGAGAGGUUAUGGGAUGGAUUAAGAGAAAUGUUUCCGGAAUUGUUUAUCGGAUUGGGAGGCAAGGAAGGAGAGGAUCUUGUGAUACCGAGGGAAAGAUUAGUGGCCGAGAACGAACGAUUAAAGAACGAUAUUGAGACACUGAGUCGUAGUCUUGCCGAUCUGGAACUCAGACAGAACCAUGCCUUGGCGUCAGAGGUAUCGAAAUUACAAGAAGAGAUUCAGUCUCUGAAAAUUACCUGUCAUAGUAUUCGUACUCAGAUGCAUCAUGUUCUAUCCGAGAGACGCGGUGAUGGGAGCAGUAGUGCAGGAGCACCAGUUGCAUCCGUGGCGAGACAGUCAAUGUCUGGGAAAGCGGAUGUCGAAGGCAGAGGCGGUCAGAGCAGGCAGCAUGGAGAGAGUAAGAGUUGGAGAAGGGUUGCAGCAGCAGAUAUGAAUGGAAACAGAGUUGGGAAUGUUGCAGGCGAAUCGACGCGACAGGAAACGAAAUUAUGA